AUGAACCGCAUGAAGCCAAAGUCCGUGAGGUAUACGCGCCCGAGGGCAUUGACCAACACGUUUUCGGGCUUUAUGUCCCGGUGCAUCAAGACGGGUGUCAUGCUGUGCAGGAACGCGAGCGCGCGGAAAACGUCCGUCACGGGGACCUGGCACGAACUCCAGUCGCCGAAGGCCUCGUCUGCAAUGCCGUCGGCAAUGUCGCGGUCCAUCAAGGGCAGCAGCAGUCGGACCUGCGCGUCCCAGCCGAGAAGCACAUCUAAGGCGGGCAGGAUGUCUGGCGCGCCCGCGUCAGCGAGGAAAUGUUGGAAAGCAAUCUCGCGCAGGCACGACUCCGAGAGGCAAAGCAGCAUGACGAGUCUCUACCUGAGCGGCACCGCGGCGAACUACGACCCAUGCUUCCCGCUCCUCCGCCGCUUCUGUGGAGGGGCUGAUCACCUCUGCCUGGUCGGGGGCUCGGGCGGAGCUCUUGUCGCCGCAUGCCUCUCCCUUGAAAGCUCGGCAGCGUCCGUCGAGCGACGGUUCCGUGACGUGUGCAAGAGCCUCGAGGCCCCAAGCGAGCAAUGGGAAGCUCGCGUUGCGAUGGCGGAGACGUGGGUUCGCGAGCUCAUGGGCGGCGCAGCAUGCACAAUGCGGCAAUGGAGCGAGCGCUACCGCGCCUUCCACGUCCUGCUGUUUGAUUGUGCAAGUCUCGUGCCAAAGCUCAUAUGCAGCGACGACUCGCGCGCGCGCGUGGCUGGCGUUCUUGCGCUCGCGACCGCUCGCGAGUCGCCGUCUUGUGGCCUGCCGCGCCAGGGGACCUGGUUUGCAGACGUGGAACCAUUUUUGCCUGCGGGCCUGCUGGCGCCGCACUUGCAGCCGCCCGUCCUCGUCCAUUUCGCCGCGGGCGAUGUGCGCGAUCAUGAAGGGGAGAACACAAACGAGCCGCGGGGAGCGGCAGUCCUCCACGCCUGCUACGAGAGGAUGUUGCGCGUGCCGCUGAGGGUCCUCACCUGGAGAAUGGGAAGCCCGGACGACAAGGAGCGCAAGAACAAAGCCGGCCGCUGCGCCUACCGCUACAGUGCCCCGCGCGAUGUCCACGCAGGUGAGGGUCCACGGGUAACAAUCGCCCAGUACGCCCUUAUUCGUCAAGUCGUAGACCCCGUAGAUGCAGAGGCCCAGGAGAGCGCCCCUGCGGAAAGCUCUGCUCCAGUGCUGACCCGGGGGAGCGCGCCCGAUGCGCAUGAGAGCGAGGACGCCCACGCCGCGAACAGGGCCGCGGACCUCCAGGACCUGGACGACUUCCUCGCCUCCUCCUCGCUUGCGGAGGCUCCGGGCGAGAGCCGUGAGCGCUCCAAGAGGAGGAGCCUCGGAGAGUGGUACGGCGGCGACCGGAACGACGCUGCGCGGGGCGACGAGGGCGCCGAGGAGCGGCCAGUGCUCAGCAGGGGCGCGACCGCCGUCUUCGCGAUGUCAAGGGGUGCCUCCAGGCGCACCAGCGUAGCCACGGAGGUCUGCGGGGACCUCGAGGAGGAGCAUGAGGCUGAGGUGGCUUCCACUCCACCCACGUCCAAUUGCGUGUCGCCGACGUGAAGAUCGGGCUGCAUCUGCUCCACUCGUGUGUGAGCCUGCUCAAGAUGCUGAGGACGUCGUUCCUCUCUGGCUUGCCGUCGAGAAACUGACGCUGACCGCUGGCCACCGUGGCUUUAGACUCAGUGGAGCUUUUCCGCCAGCGUGGUGUCUCCAAACCUGGUCCCCCUCGAGCGGCUGUCCGCCCGUGUUGGACCCCCCCCCCCCCCGAGGUGCACCCCUCGAGGACCCCAGGGGCUGGGGAUGCCUCCCUCGUUUCACCAGGAAGCUGCCUUGUGUGUUCCCGGCUACCGCCAGCUUCUCGCCACUGCCCUGGUGUCAGCGCCGAGCGAUGGCUCCCCUGCCCCAGCGCGACAGACAGCAGAGUGCCAAUGUCGUGCGGAGGACUCGCAAAGUCGCCGACGGGAGCGGGC